AUGACAGAGACAGAUUCAACAUCAAAGGACAAGAACAUUAUUGUCAAGUGCAAUCUGUGUGCGAGUGUGACACCGAGGGAACUUUCUACAUCCAAAAACAGCAACUUGAAGAAACAUGUGGACCGGUGCCACGCUAACACCAAGUUGACAGAGAGAGAUGCAGGCGGGAAGAAGAGAAAGAGAGCAGAGGACGAAAGUGCGGGAAAGAGUCAGACAAAGCAGCAGAAAUUAAGUUUCUCUCGGUCUGCCGUGCUACUUGAACCAAGAGAAGUGAGGAGACAGGUGGCAGAGUAUGUGGUGGAGGAUAUGCUGCCUCUGUCAACAGUGAAUUCACCAGCUUUUAAAAAGUUUGUCUGCAAAAUCCCCACCAACACCAGCAAUGACAAGGGGUCGACACACAUACGACGCAUUACAACAGAGCUAGAGGACAUUUUUUCUCAAUAUGGACUGACCAACGAUAAAGUGACUGCAUGUGUGACGGACAAUGGGAGUAACUUUGUGAAGGCGUUCAAGGAGCAUCAGCAGCAGCAAGUGGAGUCCGAGGAGGAGGUGGAGGGUGAUGGCGAGGUGGAGUUCACAGACCUUCACAGUGUGCUUACUGCCGAUGAUGAUACUCAGCAUGGGCUAUGUGUACUGCCUCCCCACCAUAGAUGCGCAGCCCAAACACUUAAUCUAAUUGCGAACAAUGAGGUUGUUAAUUGGCUGGUAUCUAAUCCAGAAUCUAGGGCUGUGUAUCGUAGUGCUACAGCCAAAUGUUCAGCGCUGUGGACAAAGGCCAGACGCUCCACAGUCGCAUCAGAGUGCCUGGAAGAGGUCAGUGAUAGGAAGUUGAUUGUCCCCACAGUAACACGGUGGAACUCAUUCUAUAACGCCUAUGCUCGGAUCACAGAAAUGCCCCUGACUGACAUCAAUAGCCUCUGCACACAGCUUCAGAUUAAAUGUAUGAACGACAGGGAAUACCAGUUUCUCAAGGAAUGUUGUGCCAUUAUGAAGCCUUUCACAGUCGCACUGGACAUCCUACAGGGUGAGGACACUUGUUUUUAUGGAACGCUUCAACCAACGCUAGAAGUUCUGAUGGCCAAAACCUUAGUAAUGAAAAAUGGCCUAUCACAAAUGACCACUGGGCUGCCUGAGGUUAUUGUGGGAGCAAUCAAAACUCGAUUUGCCACCACAAUUGAUUCCAAGGAUGCACUUCUGGCUGCUGUCUCCCUGCCAAAGUUCAAGCUGCGCUGGGUAAAAGAAGAAGCCAGAAGAGACCACAUCAAGUUCCUCCUCACAACGGAGUGCCGCUCCCUAACAACAGAAGAGCCUACAGCCCUGAUGCCCGAUGCCCCUCAACCUGCUGCUACCAGCGAGGAUGACUUUUUUUCCUUUGAUGUACAGCCCAAUGCCACGGCUGAUGUGCCCAUGUCAGUGGAAACAGAGAUGUCACAGUGGUUGAAGCAGCCGUGAGGUUAGCGCGUCACCAUGAUAUUCCUGCACUUACUCUGACUAACCAAAGGGUGGUGCUCUUUCUCCUUAAUGAGUCCUGUCAGCAU